AUGGCUGCACUCGGCAUCCAAAUGAUCCAGAUUAACUUGCAUCACAGCAAGAGCGCUUUGGCUAUCCUAACCAAGAGCAUGGCUGUGAUGCAUAAAAGUAUUGCACUAAUCCAAGAACCAUGGAUUGUGAAANGUGCAGUAAAGGGACUGAGUGGGUGCGGCUACUUAUUCAAAGCACACUCAGAUAACAGAGUUAGAUCAUGCAUCUUAGUAAAAGNACUAAAUGCUAUCUUUCUGCCACAGCUCAGCAGCAAGGACCUCACAGUCAUCAAGGUGAGAGUGAAGCUAGCUGAGGAAGAGGACAUGGAAGUAUUAAUAGGGUCAGUCUACAUGCCCUAUGACUCCACGGAUCCACCACCACAUAAAGAGGUAAAAAACCUGGUGGCCUAUGCGGAAGCCAGGGGGCUCGAACUCCUGCUGGGUUGUGAUGCGUACUCCCACCAUGUAGGAUGGGGAAGCACAGACACCAACCUGCGGGGGGAGAGUCUCCACGGCUACCUAAUGGGCACAGGAUUAACCAUUCUCAAUAGAAGAAACGAGCCGACAUUCCUGGACUCCAGAAGACAGGAAGUCAUCGAUAUAACGAUCUGUACGGAGAGGGUGGCGGGUCUGGUGAACGACUGGAGGGUCUCGGAUGAGCCCUCUGGCUCUGAUCAGACAAAUACGCCUAACUCUCCAACAAAUACAGCAAAUUAG